AUGAACAUCAGAAUUGACUCUUGUAUGCUCCACAGCCUGGAAAGACGUUUGGAAAGAAUUGAACAACAAGCGAAUUACAUUUCAGCUACCCUCAAACAAUUAAACGCCAAACUUAAUGAAUAUAUACGAAAUGAAGAGAACAGAAAUUGCGAAGAAAAGGCACGGAAGCCAUUAGAUCAUUCGCAUCACUUGUUACAAUCUUUACAACAUCAUCUAUGUGACGCAAUCACCUUUAGAGAAAAUCCAUCAGUUGAGAAAACUAACGAUCCACCAGUUGAGAAAGAUGAGAAUACAUUAUCAACAUUGAAUCAACCAACUCCAUCAAAACAAGAAAAAGAAUACAAGCCAAAGAACAAACCUCGCAAAACAAGAAGGACCACACAAGCUAAAAAACAAUCAUCCACCGACAAAUCCAAGCCAAAAAGAAAAACAAAGCAAAAGAACAAACUUCACGAUCAUACUAAUCAUGGACAAAAAGGCAAGAUACUAUAUUUGUAUUAUGAUGAUCAGUGCUAUCAACAAUUCGAUAAGAAACGUGUAAUGAAUCAAAGCAUUCAGAACUACUUUCCAAGAAUUUGUCAUCAUCACAUUUUCUAUUUUAAUAAUAAGCAAACAGCAAUGACACCUUCUCUUCUCUACUUGAUUUUAACCAUUGUUAUUGCAAGUAUUGGAGCCGUUUGGUUCUUUUUAAAAUCAUCAUCAUUAAAAGAACCAACCAAAAAGUCCUCGGAUAACGACAUCAAGAAAAACACAUCCAUCACUGAAAAGACAAAAGAAAACAAUAAGAAAACAAUUACAAACGAUAUUACUAAGCAAGAUACAUCUACUACUAGUAACAAGAGUUCCAAUCAUGACAUUCAUGAUGAAAAACUGCAUCAAAAAAUGUCAGUCGUCGGCAAUGACACGACGGAUUGUGUCGAGCAUUUAACGGAACAACACCCGGAGCAACCUUUGAACACCAAGCAAGUGUCGCCUCAAGUGUCGGAACACGCAACAACACAACAGGACCUUCGACAAGAGGAAUCCUCUAACAACAUCAACAAUUCUCACACCACAACACUAAAGACAGUUGACUUUUCUCACAUUGACAUUGCUUUACAAAAUGGUAUGGAUGCAGUGGAUUCGAAUCUUUCCAUACAGGAUAUUCAAAAGAUUCGUAAAGAAGAAGAAGCACUCGAGAUUAUCAAGAACUCAAGCAUUGAAAUUCUUCAAGCCUUUUGCAAUGGGGUCAUGGAACGAAAUACACACCGAAAGGCCAUUUCCAUAUUAUCAGCAUUGUCUCAAUCAAAAACAGUUCGAAAUACGGUGGAGUCCAGUAAGAGACAAUUUGUGAUCAUUCAAUCAUGGGCUCGCAGAUUGAAAGCCAAAAAAAGUUUUGAGCAAGUGCAAAAUUCUGUGAGCACUAUUCAAGCUCUAUGGCGAUCCAAAUUUGAAAUCACUCAAAAAUCAAUACAAGAGGAGAAGGUGAUUCGCAUUCAAAACAUGGUGAAAACAAAACAAGCUAAAAUGGAACUGAAAAACACGCUUGAAAGUAUUGUGAAAUGUCAAGCUCAAUUACGUGAACGAUUGACUCGUCAACAAUUCAGUAAGGAAUUAGAAUUUUGUUGCAGUCAAAGAAAAAAGCAUCAAAGCUUGGAGGCCAUUCAAAGACUACAAUCUCUCUCUCGAACAGCUCUUGUUGAAAAGAAAUAUUUGCAGUAUUUAGACUCUACUUUGAAAAUUCAAGCUCUCCUGUUGCGUCAACAUCAAGCCAAUCAUUUUUCAGAAUUGCGAAAUAGUAUUAUUUUACUUCAAUGUGCUUGCAAAGCCAAAUUGAAAAGAAAUACUAUUGAAGAACAAGUGAAAACUGUGUUGACUAUUGAUGCUCUCUAUCAUGCAAAGCGAGAACAUGAAAUGUUUAUAGCUCAAAGAGAGGCCAUUUCAAUUUUCCAACAAGCAUGUCGUGGGUUUUUACAAAGAAAGUCCAUUCAAGUAUCAAAGGAGAAUAUUCACACGUUACAAUCAUUAAUCCUUGGAAAGAUGACACGAAAUUUACAACAAAAACAAUAUGAACAAAUUGUGAGAUUGACUGCUUGUGUGAAAUCUAGAUUAGAUCGUCAAGUAUUUGAUCACACGAGAAUGCAAGUCGUUUGCUUGCAAUCUCUAAUUCGAUCCAAUCUUGCAAAACAAGUGACAUGCAAAAUGCAACAAGAACAAACAAUUUUAGCCUCUCUUGUUCAAGCUUUAAAUAAGAAGCGUUUGGAAUUUUCGAAUUUCCAUUCAAACAAACUAAAUUCAUCUUAUAUUGCAGCAUGCGUUCAGGGAAAGACCCAGAGAACAGAAUUCAAGCAUGGUAUCUUCAAUUUCAUUGUUCCCUUACAAGCACAUUGUAGAAGAUAUUUGGAAAUGAAGAAUAGAAUCAAACUAGGCCACAUGGUUGAUCAAGUUUCAAGAAUUCAAGCUCUUAUUCGAUCGAAAAAGUGUCACCAAGAAUUUGAAAAUUGCAUCCAAAAGCUGAAAAUAAUUCAGGCAUUAAUGAUAGCCAAACGUGAGCGAUCUUUACUGAAUUUGAAAGUGACACUUGCGACCAUUCUGUCUGCAACAUCAAAGGCCGAAUGGACAAGACGACAAUUACACACUCACUUUACACAUGUGAAUCAUUUGAAUGCUCUUACAAAGAGAUACAUUGAGGUAAGAAAAUUUCACGAGCUCAUGAAUUCGAUCACACUCUUGCAAUCUCGUUCUCGUGCCUGCCUUGAACAACGCAAUUUGGACACACAAAUCAUGCGAGUUCUCCACUGCCAAGCUUUAUGUAAGGGAGGUCUUGAAAGAAAGAUUCUUCAAGAAGAGAGACAACUAAUUAAGGAAAAUCAAUUGAAACAAGUCAUGGAAAGUUGCACACAAUUGCAAGCAUUUAUCCGAGCGCAACAUGUAAAACACCAAUUCCGACAUGAAGUGCUAAAUGUCAUUUCCUUGCAAUCCGCAUUACAUGGAGCUUUCAUAAGAAAGAAUUUACAGAGACAGCAUCAACUCUCGACAAUUGUUCAAUCCUUGCACAAAAGCACGCAAACGCGGCACUCUGUCACCAACGCCCUCAUCUUUCUCAGACAUUUACAAUGUCAUACUCGGAGAUGUGUUCAAAAGAAGCAUGUCGACAAGAGUCGAGAAAGUGUCAUUACUUUGCAAGCGAAGAUGAGACACUAUUUGUGUUCCAAAGCUUUGAAUGCAAGUAAGAAAGCUAUCGAAUGGAUUCAAGCAAAAAGUAAGAGUUCAUUAACAUACAAACAAUCACAACAAUCCCUCCAAAGAAUCCUCACUCUGCAAGCUCUGAUGAGAUCCUUCCACGAGAAGCAUGUCCAACGCCAAGACUUACAUCGAAUAUUUAUAUUGAACUCUCUCAUUAGAUCCAAUCGUUCACGUCAACAAGUCCAAGUCGAAUCAAAAGCACUCGUUCAAAUUCAAGCAUUGAUUCGAUCUCGCAUGUUGCAACAAUUUUUACAAUCAUGCCUUUCUUCGGCUCGCAUGGCACAAGCAAUGAUUCGAGGAAGGCAAGAUAGACAUUCCAAAAAUGGAAACCAACAAUCAAUCGUACUCCUUCAAGCACUUGCAAGACGACGAUUAAUCCUAACUGAAUGGACUCAUUCCAAGACACAACUAUCAAAACUGCAAUCCAUGUUCAUGUCAACACACUGCAUAAAACACAUGACCCGUGACAGGAAUGUCAUCACACUCAUUCAGUCAUGGAUCAGAUCAAAGAAAGUAAGAAAAGAAAAACAUCAACUCUUGGAAAAGUCUCUUCAACUUCAAGCUAGAUUCAGACAGUUAACGACUUCCAACCAAUUACUUCUCUCACUUGGAGCGAUUCGUACCCUACAAUCUGCAUUUCGUGCAAAACAACAAAGAGACCAUUAUUUCAAAUUGAAAUCACUCGUUCAAGUAGUGAGCAUGUGCUUCCUUUCCACACAAGCUCGCCAAGAAGUGGAACAUUCACUCCAACAGAUUCUUCAAAUGCAGUCUCUUCUUCGACGACACCAUUGUUCUCAAAUCCAAUGGAGAAAGAUAUUAUCACAACUUGUCACUUUACAAGCAUUCGUUAAAGCAAGUCAUGCUCGAUUGACAAUUGAACAUUCUCUGAAUACUCUUUCACAGGUGCAGAGUGUCCUCAAAGGCAGACUUUCUCAACUCUACUUGUCUCGUGACUUGCAACGAGUACUCAUUCUACAAGCACUCAUUCAAUCUCGUGCAUGUCACAUCAAGUGGCGUGCACUCAAGGGGCGAGCACGCCAUUUCCGAGAGAAAAUGAAUGACAUUUCUGUCAUGCAAGGUUUCAUUCGAGGAUUUCUCUAUCGGAGAGAUGAUUUAUUAUACGUGAGUCGUCACAAGAAUGCAGAUACUGGCUCGAGUGUGAUGGUUCCAUCGACUUCAGACAUUUUACGUCAACUCUAUGACGAGGAAGAUGAAUAUUAUCAAGCAGCACAUUCUGAAGAAGACGAAACCAAUGACAACAACAAGGAUGAGACCAUUCGUGAAAGUUUACAAAAACUAAAUCUAAAAGAAUGCACUCAAAUACUUGGCCAUGACACAUCCGAUGCAUUCAACAACAUGAAAUCACAAGAAUUAUCCAAAAAAGAAUCAAAUGUCACAACUAGCAAUAACCAACUCUUCGGAGAGAUGAAUUCACAAGAGACCCAAUCAUCGACUGCUCCUCCAAUAUUCGAAUCUGUAGAUUCAACACUCUUCUUACAAAAGAAAGAAACACAAGAUGAUCAUUUCAAUAAGCCUUCCACGAGUAGUGUUCAAUCCCUAUUGAUGGAAUCUUCUUCACAACAUUUCCACAAAAAAUCACAAUCCAUUACAUCUGUUUUGACCAAUCGAGAUCACAAUGCUUUGAAUUUAACAAACAAUCAAGCUCCUCAUCAGAGAAGGGACAGACGUAAUUCUGCAUUCCUAAACUUGAGUACAAAACCCAUUCAAAAAAGAAGUCAAGUUCACAAACUCAUUGAUGAAUGCAUUCGAAACAAAUCUUCAACUUUGGAUUUAUCUGGAUUGAAUUUGGAUACCAUUCCGUAUGCUGCUAUUGAAUGUAAACAUGUGACUUCAUUACGACUGGCGAAUAAUAAUUUGGCCACAUUACCUUCGUGGUUUUCUGAAACGUUUAAAAAUGUCACUGAUUUGGAUCUUCAUGGAAAUCAACUGUAUGAGCUACCCUUUGAUUUAGCACAGUUACCUCUUCGUAAAAUUAAUAUUUGUGAAAACAAAUUUGAAUUUAUUCCUCAACAAAUUGUGGAAAUGAAAUCCAUAGAAAAGAUGGACCUUAGUGGAAAUGUAUUGUUGAGUUUACCAACAACGAUUCGUCAUUUAGAAAAGAUUGAAGAGUUGAAUAUUUCUGGAAAUUGUUUAAUGACUCUUCCUGAAGAUAUGAAAGAAUUGAAAAGUCUCAAAUUUUUCAAAUAUGAUAACAAUCCCUAUUUACAAUCUGAAAUUUCAAGAAUUGCUGAAAUUGCUUCUGCCAUCACUGGUGAGAAGAGUAAGACCAUUGUUCAAAAAUUGAGAAAUACUGAUACGUUGGGCUAUAAGGAAAUUGUCACAAAGCCAAAAGAAAAUGUCUAUCUUGAUCCAUAUGGGGAUUUGACAGAUCUGUCAGAUGCCACUGAAAUGUAUAACGAUGAAGAGCAAGAAUCAGACUACACGAUGACUGAAGAAGGUAAUUUAUCUCCAAGAGGAAAUCAUCAGUCAUCUGCCAAUCUUGCACCCCUCGACACUCCAUGUACUCCACCCACUCGAACUCAUUCAGAUUCAAAAAUUGAUCUCUUAGAUUCUGGAAUUCCCUCCUCUCAAUUGACUGUUCCCUCCGCUGCCAAUGAAACCGUUCAACCCAUUUCUGACACAGACUCUGAAGAUUUGAGUACCACUCCUCCAAAAUAUGUUCCACAAAUUGCCAUUCCAAAAAUCACAUUGGAUGCCAUUCAGAAGCAAUCAUUGGAUUCUCCAGGAACAAACUCUGCUGAAAUUUCUCCACAAUCACUCCCAUCCUAUGAAGAUUCACAAAAACGAGUAUUUGGAGUCUUAUCAAAAGAAGGUAAUGAAAAAACCUACUCGGAAGUGGUUUCUAUGGAUCAACCAUUGUUCCAACAAGGUCAUUCCAAUAAGAAGAAGAAUCAACAAAAGAAGAGAUCGAGUGUACACAACGACGAGUGGGAGGAAUGGUCAGAUCGUGACGAAAAUACAGAAGAAGAAGAAGAAUUGUGUGUACACGAACGAGAAUUGAAAGAAGCCAAAAAAAUUAAGGAAAGAAUUAACAUGGUUCUUGAAAUUUUAGAAAGUGAAAGAAAAUAUGUGAAAUAUUUGGACGUGUUGUGGGAUUUAUUCUAUGAACCCAUUGUGUAUAAUCACUUUCCACAUGAUAAGGUGAAAACUCCUGAAGAAUCUGAGAGACUCGUUCCCAAGUCUAUUGCUAAAUCAUUUUUCCCUCAUGAUUUACUCACGAUUAAGACCUUUAAUAAGAACUUUUUAUCAAAAUUGGAAGAACGAUUCAAAAUUUAUAGAGAUGAUCCAACGAAAAUCUAUGACAUGAUUAUUGGUGACAUGUUUAUCAAAAUUUCACCAUUUUUCAAGAUUUACACCUCCUAUCUCAGUUCCUACGAGAGUUGCAUGACCAAAAUUAGAGAUUAUCGACAACACGAUACUCGAUUUAACAAAUGGCUGGACAAACGAAAGAUGCAUCCAAAAGCAGCAGGUUUAGAAAUUGGUUCUUUCAUGAUCAUGCCUGUGCAAAGAAUUCCACGUUAUUUACUCUUAUUGACCAAUCUAUUCAAAAACACGCCUGAAAAUCAUGGCGAUUACUCGAAUUUAAUGUCUGCCAUUGAGACUGUGAGUGAAUCUGCAUCCACACAAAAUGCUAAAAUUAAGGAAACCAACAAUCGAAUUAAGGUUUAUCAAUUAUCAAAACUCAUGAAUUUGAGUGAUUUGGUACAACCUCAUCGACGAUUAGUUCGUGAAGGAGAAGUGAUUUUUGGUGAAAAUUCACGAGUCGAAUGGAAAAUGUAUCUCUUCAAUGAUCUUAUUUUGUUUAGAGAAAAGAAGAGACAAAAGACCAAAGUUUCAAAAACUGUAAAGGCAUACUCCUUAUUGGAUGCAUACAUUAGUGGAGGUGGUCAGAAUCGUUUGACCAUGGUUUUAACCAAUGCAGACACCAAUCAAAGAACAGAAAAGGAAAUUUUCUUCCCAUCACUCGAAGUGAAAAUGGAAUGGGUGGUUGAAAUUGAAAAAGCUCUCGAAGAAGUCAAUGAAAAGAGAGAAUUCAUGUCGAAGGGAUCGAAAUCGGUUGUGAGAACAAGUGGACGAGCUGGAAGAAUUUUAAGAGCUCUCAAAUCUCCAAAACGAGAUCAAUCUUCUCCACACAGUGGUCGUCAUCACAACCAUACAAAUUCCAUGGCUGAGCUCUCUCGAACGAAUUCCACCAUUUCCACUCAGUCUUCACUCUCUUCGAAUCUUAGUUCGAACACUACUACUACUGGCUCUGCUUCUUUAAUCUCGACACCACAAACUCCAUCUUCGUCAUCAUUGUUUUCACAAUCAAGCAAUGAAAAAUCAAAGAAGAAAUCAAUUUUAGGAAAAUUAUUUGGAGGAUUGAAAAAGAAAGCUAAAGAUGGUAAAGAAAAGGAUAACACUAAGGAAUAA